AUGUCGAUAUACAGGAGAAGUACUGGAAAAUUAUCCAGCAUUUGGGAUCUCAGUGAAUCCGAAGACGAAAACGAAUCAAAAACCGGGGAAACUUUCGAUGGCAUUCGGAAUACUAUUCCAAAAGAGGAGUAUGAAAAAAUUAAAGCCAAAACAAGGCAAGGUUGCCUAUGUGAAGAAUGCGAACGAGCUAUUAAUCCUGCAAUCCGUCCCGAUUUUUCUGCCCUUCUGAAAAUAUUCACUUCCGAGAUACUUCUUCGUCAUGCCGCCAUUUUUGCAGGGACACGCAAAAUUAACGAAAAAAUCGUGGAUCACUUUCAUACUACAUGGAAGCAUCCAAUGCAUAUGGGUAUACCUAGUGUUGAAUUUGUAUCUUUUAUGAUGAGCGAUAAAAAAGUAUGCCAAAGAUUUGACGAUUACAUGGCAGAAUUACUGUUGAUUCUCGACGACCCGAAUGUGAAGCCGUUAUGGCACGGGACGACAGUAAAAUGUAAAUUCGUUGAUAAGCCCUGUGAUCCUGGUUCGGCCGAAAGUUGUGCCGGAUGUAAUAUACUAAGUAAAGGGUUUGAUAUAAGUAAAAGUGGAUCUGCAAAUCCUUUCAAAAGAAGCGGCGAUCAACACCAAGAUUCACAACAACAAAAUAAUGAUGAUGAUCAAGUUGAGCAGGAGGAACAACAAAAAGGUUUCAAGGGUCAGGCGAAAAAGGAUAUGAGGAAUGUUGAAGGAUAUGUAGCCGACAGAGAGGGAUAUGUAAUUGACGAGACUAAAUUGGGAGAGGCUAUGAAAGUUGUGCGCGAAGAGAACCUGAGGCAGAAAACUCAAAAAGUUAAAAA